ACGUGAGAGUCAAGAGCACCAAAAAACCUGAAUGCAUUUAUAUCAUCACACAUUCACUGGUGCGGCCUUCUUAACUUCCGCCAAAUAUACAUUCAUACGUCACCACCUGUUUUCUCUCUCUCCCUCUCUCAAAUAGUAUCUAUCUAUUAAUGGCCACCUCCACCUCCACCUCUCCUCCACCGCUCCUCACCACCGCCGGAACCACCGACCCGGCUAUUUCUCAACUUUACAACAAUGGCGGUGUUGCGUCAAAUGAUUACGUAUCACAGCAACAACAGCCACACUCCGCUUAUGUAUCCACCUCAUCUACAUCUUCGUCAAUUAUCAUUGUCAUAAUUGUUAUUGCUUCCGCCAUCAUCAUCUCCGCCUCUAUUUAUCUUCUCCUUCGCUUUAUCUCACGCCGCUGCAGCAGUUCGGUGAGCUCGUUUUCCACUUCAGAGAACGUCGUUUCUGAUAAUAGGAAUGAAAAUGAAGCUCAUCAUCACGUGAUCUGUUUUGAUAACGAAGGAGUCGAGUCGCUUCCGCUAUUUACCUUUUCUUCGCUUACUGGAAAUAUCGCCGGCGGAGAUUGUGCUGUUUGUUUGUCGAAAUUUGAGGCGGUUGAUCAGCUUCGUCUUCUUCCGUUGUGUUGUCACGCUUUUCACGUGGAAUGCAUUGAUGCUUGGCUCAAAUCGAACCAAACAUGUCCGCUUUGCCGGUCUACAGUUAAUCCAACCGAAGCUGAUGUACUGAGCAAGGUACUCUCCGUUUCCGGCAGAACCGGUACUCCCGGCGGCGGAGGGAAUAGAAACAAUAGUUUUCGAAUUGAGAUCGGGAGUAUUAGCCGUCGACAAACGCCGUCUGAUUCCGGUCGGAGGUCAUACUCAAUCGGCUCAUACGAAUACAUUCUCGACGACGGAUAUGAGGUUCCGGUAGAAUCAACACACCGAAGAGAGAUUUCCGAUUGUACCUCCGUCGAUAAGGACUCCACCACACCGGAGCCGCCAGGAGAUAACUUAAUGUCAGAAAUUGCCGCUAGCGGCGGAAGUGGACGGCUCAAUUGGUUGCGUGAUUACGUCGAUCGAGUCUCCGUUUCCAUCUCUUCUCGAUCUCACUCGUUUCGUGGCUCCGGCAGGUUUUUCACCGGAAGCAGUAGGCGGAGCGAAAUGGUCGACGACUUCGAUGCUACGCAUAACAGGGUCGGAGAAGAAAUCAGCGAGCUUUUCCGGUGGCUUUCGGGGGUAUAAUUGUAAAUUACCUAAACGGGUAGAGUCAAUAUUAAUACUCUUUAAAAUUUUCUUCUUUUUUUCUCUUUUUACCGAAACUCCGUCUUUUUCUAUUACCACUCCACUAAUCAUUCUUGGCAGAGUGGAUAGCAAAAGGCGAGAUUUGAAUAUAAUUUUUGGGAAUAUUUAUAUGAAUUUAAUAACAGUAUUGUUUAAUUUUAUA